AUGGCUGGACGCAGUGAGGAUGAAAGUGUAAGCAAUAGCAGUGGAGAGUCAAGUAAUUCCGAUGAUGAAUCUGGUUCUGGAUCGGGCUCAGCAUCAGGGUCCGACUCGGGCUCUAGUUCCAGCUCCUCCAGCAGCAGCAGCCAAUCAGGGAGCAGUGACUCAGGUAGUGGCUCAGACUCUGGCAGCCAGUCAGAAUCUGACACAGAGAAAUUCAAGGAGAAGAUGGAGCUGCCAAAUAAGUCAAACAUUGAUGGAGCUGAGUUCUGGAAGUCCAACCCAAGUAUCCUAGCAGUGCAAAGAUCUGCUAUGCUUAGGAAACAGCAGCAGCAACAACAGCAGCAGCAGCAGCGACAAAGCUCCUCAAAUAGUGGAUCUGAUGAGGACUCGUCAAAUAGUGAUGAAUCUGACUCAUCAAGUGGAUCCAAGAGAAGAAGAAAUUCAGGCUCCUCUGGAUCGGGUUCUGGAUCUGGGAGUGGUUCGAGAUCAGACUCAUCAGCAGAUGACAACAGUGAUGAAACGGCAUCAGACUAUGAGCCCAGUCACAAAAUCAAAAGCAGAAAGCCUCCAACCAAGAUGAAUUUUCGGAAUGGGAAGAAAAGCAGCACCCAGAGGAAGAAAGCCCAGAAGUGUUCUUCUUCUGAGUAUGAGGAUGAUGACUACAAGAAGGUGGCGUCUGCAGGUCCACGGCGGCAGGCCACAGUCAACAUAAGCUACAAGGAGGACGAGGAAUUGAAGACUGACUCAGAUGACCUGGUGGAAGUUGUGGGUGAAGAUGUCCCGCAGCCGGAAGAAGAUGAGUUUGAAACACUGGAGAGAGUGAUGGACAGCAGAAUAGGAAGAAAAAGAGCAACAGGAAGUGCAACCACUGUAUAUGCUGUGGAAGCAGACGGAGACCCCAAUGCCAACUUCAAUCCCAACAAAGAGGCUGGUGAAAGUCAGUAUUUGAUAAAGUGGAAGAACUGGGCCCAUAUUCACAACACUUGGGAAACAGAGGAGACACUCAAGUUGCAGAACGUCAAGGGCAUGAAGAAACUGGAUAAUUUCAAGAAAAAGGAACAGGAGAAAAAGAAAUGGUUAAAGGCAGCUUCACCAGAGGAUAUAGAGUAUUUCAACUGUCAGGAAGAAUUGAUGGAUGACCUGCACUCUCAGUACCAGCUUGUAGAGCGAAUCAUAGGACAUUCAAACCAGAAGUCAGCAGCUGGUUACCCGGACUACUUGUGUAAAUGGCAGGGCUUACCAUACUCCGAGUGUAGCUGGGAAGAUGGUGCUCUGAUCGCCAAAAAGUUCCAGAAAUGCAUUGAUGACUACAUGAGCAGAAACCAGUCAAAGACCAUUCCAUCCAGAGACUGCAAGGUGCUGAAACAAAGACCCAGGUUUAUGCCCAUGAAGAAGCAGCCAGCUUACAUAGGAGGUGAUGGACUGGAGCUCAGAGACUACCAGUUGGACAGUUUGAACUGGAUGGCUCACUCCUGGUGCAAAGGCAACAGUUGCAUCCUUGCUGAUGAAAUGGGUUUAGGGAAGACCAUCCAGACAAUCUCCUUCCUCAAUUACCUAUUUAAUGAGCACCAACUAUAUGGGCCAUUCUUGCUGGUUGUGCCUCUUUCUACACUAACCUCCUGGCAGAGAGAAAUCCAGCUCUGGGCCCCUCAGAUGAAUGUUGUGGUCUACCUGGGAGACAUCAGCAGCAGGAAUAUGAUCAGGACACAUGAGUGGAUGCAUGUCCAUAGCAAGAGACUGAAAUUGAACAUCCUCCUCACAACAUAUGAGAUUCUUCUCAAAGACAAGUCAUUUUUGGGCAGUGUCAACUGGGCCUUCAUUGGUGUGGAUGAAGCACACCGACUGAAGAAUGAUGACUCCCUCCUCUACAAGACCAUGAUGGAUUUCAAGUCCAAUCACAGGCUUCUGAUCACAGGAACGCCACUGCAGAACUCCCUGAAAGAGCUCUGGUCCCUGCUGCACUUCAUUAUGCCCGAGAAGUUUCACUCUUGGGAGUUGUUUGAGGAAGAGCAUGGUAAGGGCAGGGAUUCGGGCUACACCAGUCUGCACAAAGAGCUGGAGCCUUUUCUACUGCGCCGAGUCAAGAAGGAUGUGGAGAAAUCUCUUCCUGCCAAAGUGGAGCAGAUUCUCAGAGUUGAGAUGAGUGCUAUCCAAAAACAGUAUUACAAAUGGAUCCUGACCAGGAACUACAAGGCUCUGAGUAAAGGUACAAAAGGCAGCACGUCGGGUUUCCUGAACAUCAUGAUGGAGUUGAAGAAGUGUUGUAACCACUGUUACCUUAUCAAGCCCCCAGAAGACAACGAAUUUGUCAACAGAGCUGAAGCCUUACAGCAACUGAUCCGCAGCAGUGGGAAGCUUGUUCUGUUGGACAAACUACUGGUGCGUUUGAAGGAGCGAGGCCACAGAGUUCUCAUCUUCUCCCAGAUGGUACGGAUGCUGGAUAUCCUGGCUGAAUAUCUGAGGAGCCGACAGUUCCUCUUUCAGAGAUUAGAUGGCUCCAUUAAAGGGGAGAUGAGGAAGCAGGCGUUGGAUCAUUUUAAUGCUGAGGGCUCAGAGGAUUUCUGCUUCCUGUUAUCAACACGUGCGGGUGGUCUGGGUAUCAAUCUGGCAUCGGCUGACACAGUAGUCAUCUUUGACUCAGACUGGAACCCCCAGAAUGAUCUGCAGGCCCAGGCCAGAGCCCACAGGAUUGGACAGAAAAGACAGGUGAAUAUCUAUCGUCUGGUGACGAAGGGCUCAGUUGAAGAGGACAUCAUCGAGAGGGCGAAGAAAAAAAUGGUGCUGGACCACCUUGUCAUUCAGAGGAUGGACACCACAGGGAAAACUGUGCUCCAUACUGGUGCUGCACCCUCCAGUUCAGCACCAUUCAACAAGGAGGAGCUGUCUGCCAUUCUGAAGUUUGGUGCUGUGGAGCUUUUCAAAGAGCCAGAGGGUGAGGAGCAGGAGCCUCAGGAAAUGGACAUUGACGAGAUCCUCAAAAGAGCUGAGACCAGGGAAAAUGAUCCUGGACCCUCCACAGUGGGAGAAGAACUGCUGUCUCAGUUCAAGGUGGCCAACUUUUCCAUGAUGGAGGAUGAAGAAAUGGAUAUUGACUCUGAACGUAGUCAUCGGAGUUGGGACGAUAUCAUUCCUGAGGAGCAGAGGAGGAGGAUGGAGGAGGAGGAGAGACAGAAAGAGCUGGAGGAAAUCUAUUUGCUGCCACGCAUGAGGAAUUGUGCCAAACAGAUAAGCUUUAAUGCCAGUGAGGGCCGGCAGAGCAGGAACAGGAGGUAUUCUGGAUCUGACAGUGACUCCCCCUCAGACCGAAAGAGGCCAAAGAAACGAGGACGGCCUAGAACCAUUCCACGAGAAAAUAUCAAGGGCUUCAGCGAUGCUGAGAUUCGGAGGUUUGUCAAAAGUUACAAAAAAUUUGGAGGACCACUAGAAAGGUUGGAUGCUAUUGCUCGUGAUGCUGAACUUGUGGAUAAGUCUGAACAUGACCUGAAACGCUUGGCAGAGACGGUUCACAACGGCUGCGUGAGAACACUACGAGAAAACCCUUGUGGACCAGAGAAGACAUCCGGAGGCAGAAGAGGGAAGGUGAAAGGCCCUACAUUCAGGAUCUCCGGCGUCCAGGUGAAUGCCAAGCUUGUUAUCUCCCACGAGGAAGAGCUGGCUCCACUCCAUAAGGCUAUUCCUGCUGACCCUGAGGAGAGAAAGAAGUAUAUGAUUCCAUGCCAUUCAAAGGCAGCACACUUUGACAUUGAGUGGGGGAAGGAGGACGACUCCAGCCUCCUCAUAGGAAUCUAUGAGUAUGGUUAUGGCAGCUGGGAGAUGAUCAAGAUGGACCCGGACCUCAAUCUCACACAUAAGCUCCUACCAGAUGACCCUGACAAGAAGCCACAGGCCAAACAGCUACAGACCAGAGCAGACUACCUCAUUAAGUUGCUGAGCAAGGACCUGGCCAAAAAAGAAGCACAGAAACAAGCAGGGACAGCCAAUUCACGGAAGAGGAAACCAAGAAGUAAAAAGAGCAAAACUCUGAAGCCAACUAAGACAGACGACGUGAUGAAGAGCACGUCCUCAGAUCCCCCAUCGGACAAGAGGUCAGAUGAUGAGGAUGAAAUUGAGGAAGAAAAGGAGUUGGCACCAGUGAAGGCAUCAAGCAGAAGGGGCCGAGCAGACAGGAUGGUGGUGAAGGAGGAGGACGACGAAGAUGACUACGAUGAGGAGCCUGAGGAGGAGGAGGAGGUUUCUUCAUCAGGGGAGCAGGAGGUCAAAGGAAAAGAGAUCAAAAAAGAAGUCAAGAAGGAGGAAAUUUGGGACAUUAGAGAGACAAAGGAGCCAAAGGAGAAAAAAGAAGCAAAGCCAUUGGAGGCACUACACAAACAGGAGGAGAGCUUGGAAAAGAAUGAAGUCAAGACUGAGGUACGAGAACGAACGAAGAAAGCCUCUGAUGUGCCAGUCCAUAUAACAGCAAGUGGAGAGAACGUGCCAGUAUCUGAGGAGUCUGACGAACUGGACCAGAGGACCUUCAGUGUGUGUAAAGAGAGGAUGCGGCCGGUGAAAGCAGCGCUGAAGCAGCUGGACAGACCAGAGAAAGGGCUGUCGGAGCGCGAGCAGCUCGAACAUACAAGACAGUGCCUCAUAAAGAUUGGAGACCACAUCACUGAGUGUCUGAAGGAGUAUUCCAAUCCUGACCAGAUCAAACAAUGGAGAAAGAACCUGUGGAUAUUUGUUUCCAAAUUUACUGAGUUUGAUGCCAGGAAACUACAUAAACUAUAUAAGCAUGCAAUCAAAAAAAGACAAGAGAACUCCCAGGCAAUGGAGCAGAAUACUAGAAGUAUUAACACCCACGGCUAUAAACAUGCAGAUAUUGAACGGCUGAAGGACAACUCUCACCAGGACGAGAGCAGUAGGGACAGUUGCAGCUCUGACAGGCUUUUAGGUCGAUACCAUGAGAGCAGCAGCAGUGUGGAGAGACACAGCUCAGAGUACCACAGAAAGACUAUGGGAGGAGAAUCUAGGAAAAGACCUUACUCAUCCUUCAGCAACGGCAAAGACCACCGGGACAGGGACCACUACAGAUCAGACAGCAGGGACCGAGACAAACAAGACAGAUACUACAGUGACGGUAAGCACAGGAAGCUGGAGGAGUUCCGCUCCAGCAGAGACCAUCGUCUGGACAUGAAGGAUCAUUCCCAUUCAGACCACCGCUCUUCCUACCGCUACCACUCAGACUGGCAGACAGAGCAGCGAGCCUCAGUCAGUGGACCCCGCUCUCCCCGAGACCAGCGCUCACCCUAUGACUCCCGCUCGCCCAUGGGACACCCGUCACCUUUUGACUACUCGUCAGACCACAAGAGCACACCAGAGCAGAUCUGGAGCAGCCGCAAGACAUAACAGGAGCUGCCUGGGUCUGCUAGUAGCAGCCAUAGACUCAGUAACACAGCAAAUGCCUUACAGGGACUGUGGACUCCAACCUGAUGUUGUUUAAAGCACUGUGUAUCAGUCAGUUCCCCUCGCUUCAGCUACAGCUCAUAUCGGGUACCUGUGAGAUGAAUGCCAGGGAGUGGCCCAAACCCGGCAGCAGCUCAAAAAUCAAAGCAUAUUUUUGUAAUCAACAAUUUAAAGCUGCAUUGUUGUGUAGGCUGAACAGCAUGCAGCAUCAUUUUUUGUUAUUUUUAUAAACUUUUUUUUUACUCUGGAAACGGACACAAUUGACCCUUAGUGCUGCCUCAUAUUCCCACCAACCCAUGACACUGGAUCCUGUAUUUGACUGUUCUCUAUGUUUGUCUGUCUGUCUCUGUCUCUUUAUCAUGCUAAAUGUGAUUAUCUACCUUAUUUAAGUGUUGACUGGAUGAAAAAUCAGUUGUCACAUGAAUCACAUUACAAGUUGAUGUAAAGGUGUCCGCUUGGAUCCAGUCUGGUCUCAGGCUCACCACCUUAAGUACCUCAUUUACAGCAUUUGUCAUUCUCCUCAGCAGGUGUUUCUUUUGCCACCAGGCGUGAAUUAUUUAAUAACAUAUCUUAGCUGUAAAAAUAAAGGUUGGGGGGGGGGGGAAGAGUUGCUUAUAUCAUGUUUUUUCCUUCUGUAAUACUGGUGUAAAUUUUUGUAAAUUAGUAAAUCAGUGGUCUUUUUCCUCAGGCUUUUGGGAUUUAUUAUGACUAUACCUUUCCCCAUCAACUCAGGCCUUUUUGUCGUUCUAUAAGUGAGUUUCUGUAUAUUAGUUCUUUCAUGAUAAUGCUUUCAGAAUGUAACUUUUAGUAAAGGGAAAGUUCUUAAACAAUACUCAGUUUUAUUCACUAGUGCUUAGUUCUUUUGUCUUGGUGUGUUGAAAUCAGUGAGUUGGAAUGAACUGACCCAUACAGUCUGAAAGACUGUUGUCUUUCAAUAGAAGCACCUAUUAAAUCUUAGAUAAACAAAACUUUUUACAUAUAUUUGUUUCUUUACCUCUUCAUUUUAUUUUAUACGUAGGCAAUAAUAAUGUCAAUGUUUCUAUGCAGCCAAGUAUAUUUGUGGUGAACCACCCAACUGAAUGAAGUUACUGUUACGGUUCACACUGUUGUACAUACAUUUCCUCUAUAUUUCAAAAUGAAUUUACACUGAAAGUGCAUGAAUUUUUAUGAACUGUUUUAUAUAGUUGUUUAUGAAGCCAUUAAAAUCAAUCACUGUACUCACUCGUA